AGCUAGAGAGGCAAUUCAAACUCAGUAGUAUUGGAUUGCAUUUUCUAAACGCUCACAAAAAGAUACAUCAAUAUCAUCCAAGAGAUUCUACCUCAGCAAGAGCUACAUGACGAUCAUAGAGAUGAGAGUACACAUGGAUUGCCCUGGAUGUGAAAACAAAGUGAAAAGUGCACUGCAAAAACUUAAAGGCGUGGAUGACAUUGAAAUAGACAUGAGCUUGCAAAAGGUGACUGUGAAUGGCUAUGCUGACCAAAAGAAGGUUCUGAAAACGGUUCGAAAAACUGGUCGCAGGGCUGAAUUGUGGCAACUUCCUUACACAACGGAUUCUCAGAACCAAUAUGUUCAACAGCACCAUUGCAAUGGCCCUGUCAACUAUUAUGCUUCUCAACCUUCCUCAUCUUAUAACUAUUACAAGCAUGGUUAUGAUAGCAGUGAUCCUCGCUAUUAUAACUAUCCCUCAGAAUCUUCCAUCUUUGGCCACCAAACUGGUGCAACUUUUAGUGAUGACAAUCCUGACGCUUGUGCCAUUAUGUGAUUACCGGAAAUACACUAUGGCAUAUGUGUAUCCAUAUUCUUAUUACGCUAAAUUUAUAUUUUGUGUAAUUUUAUUGUACUAAAAUUAAUAUAUCUCAUAUUCUAUUGGAUGUGAAUAUUAGUUUGAGGUAAA